AUGGUGAGGAAUCAACAAUACGAAGAUGAGGACAGUGUCAAUCAAAGUGUUGUUAUUUUGGAGAGUUGGUGCUCCGUGGGACAGAGAAGAGAAGGUGUUGAGAGAGGAGCUUUUCAUUUACUUGACACACAACAAUUAAAUCACUUGCCGAUCAUUAGAAUCGAUCAGGAGAAUAGUAGUAGCACAACAAGUAGUCCAGACAGUGCUUUGUGCAAUAGAGCAAUUGUUGCGGAAGAGGAGAUUUGUCAUAAUCAGAGGAGGGUUGCUUCUUUCAAUCAACAAAUUGCUCAAACAAUUGAUAAUUUAUUUAACACAACGAGUGAGAAGAAACCUUUUAUUGUAAAUAUUGGUGGAGAUCAUUCAGUUGCCAUUGGUUCAAUUUAUGCAAUGAUGAAGCAAUAUCCAGAUUUGAGAGUAUUGUGGGUGGAUGCACAUGCAGACAUUAAUACACCAAAAGGUUCAAUGAGUAAGAACAUGCAUGGAAUGCCACUUGCUUUUCUCUGUGGAGAAUCAAUUUUAGGUCAAGAAAGAAAAUCACUUGUUGGUUUUGAAUGGAUGAAUGAAGAGAUUAGUCUUGAUGUUUCUUCUCGGUUAGCCUAUCUUGGUCUUCGAGAUGUUGAUGAUUUUGAACAUGGAAUCUUGGAAAAAUUCAAUAUCAAACAUUUCACAGCAAGCCAAAUUCAUCAAUUUGGAAUUGGUAAUUGCUUGGAAGAAUGUUUUACUCAUUUGAAUUUGAAAAACAGUCAACUUCCUUUAUUUUUGAGUUUUGACGUGGAUGGCAUAGAUCCAGAAUUCACACCUAGCACUGGAACUGCAGUGGAGAAUGGAAUUUCACAUCAAGAUGGAAUAAUGAUUUGUAAAAAGUGUGGAGAAUAUUCUAAUUUUGUAGGAAUGGAUUUGGUUGAGGUAAAUCCAUCGAUUGGUGAUGAAGAACAAGUGGAAAAGACAAUACUAAAUUCCAUGCAUUACAUUACAACUGCAGUUGAACGAAGAUUAUAG